GAGAGUGUUUCACUGUUGGCCACUCGGUCAAGGCACAGACGCAAGGAAUAUGGAUUAUGUGCAAACCACAUCCGACUCAAGAAGGGAAGGUGAUUGCUUUUCUCGAUACGGAAGGAAUCGAUGAUCCAGAGAAGGCUGAUAUUCAAGAAGACACUUGGAUAUUCCUUAUUGCAACGUUGCUUUGCAAUGUACUUGUCUACAACACAAAAGGCGUCUUUGAUGCAUCACACAUCAGUAAAUUUCAAUUUCUUAAAGUGGUUCAAUCUAACGUGACGGUUGCAAGAGGAGAAAAUGAGGACGACAGUUUUCUUGACUUCUUCUUUCCGAAUUUCGUUCUCGUUUUACGAGAUUUUACACUGAGAUCGGAUACAUCUUCUGAGGAAUUCCUUGAAAAUCGAUUAGUGUACAAGACGGGGGAGUCGGACAGAAUAUUUCAAGAAAAGGACAUGCUUUGA